AAAAAUCUUUUUGUAAAUAAUUUGUGCAAGCGAUAAGCUAAUAAUAAAAUAAGCAAACAGUUUUAACCUUACAUUUUAAGUUAAAUUUUAAUUUCCAUUCACCAGCAAAAAAAAAAUAAAAAUUAAUAGCCAAGCACGCUAUUAUGUUUAAUCCUACUGAUCACGGACUUUCUAAAGACUUUCGUCUGACCAAUUUUUCGACUUUAAGAGGAUGAGGUUGUAAGCUGCCUGAAGAGGCACUCAACAAGUACCUCCAGGAAACAGACAUUUUACAUAAAGUUGCGCAUGAUGAAAACAAAAAAGACAAAGAUGGAUUUAUUGGUUCUGGAAUGGAUUGUGCUGUCAUACCUUUGGCACGGCACAAAAACUAUUAUCUCGUACAAACUGUUGACUAUUUCUAUCCAUUAGUUAAUGAUCCCAAAAUCAUGGGUAAAAUUGCUUUGGCCAACGUGGUGAGCGACAUAUAUGCGGUGGGUGUUACAACAUUUGACAAACUGAAUAUGCUUGUUAGCGUUUCCACGGAGUUUUCCGAACUGGAACGAGAUGUUAUCAUACCACAGAUAGUUGAGGGAUUUCACGAGUCAGCAAAGGUGGCCGGAAUACGUGUACAUGUUCAGAGUAUCUCGUAUAAUCCUUGGUGCAUAAUAGGUGGUAUAGCUAGUUCACUUUGUACUGCACCAGAAAUUAUUAUGCCCUCAAAUGCUAAAGCCGGUGAUGUGAUUAUAUUAACUAAACCGCUGGGUACACAAUUGGCCACCAACACAUACCUUUGGAUGGAGGAAAAAAAUGAGAAAUACAUGAAAAUAGCUGCACGUCUGAGUGAUGAUGACAUUAGAAGAACUUUCAACAUCGCCGUUAAGUCAAUGAUAUACCUCAACAAGAUUGCCGCUCAACUAAUGCACAAAUAUAAAGCACAUGCUGCCACCGAUGUGACUGGAUUUGGUCUACUCGGCCAUGCAAAGAAUCUCGCACGUUUUCAGAAAGAUAAAUUAGCAUUCGCAUUAAAUAAAUUGCCGAUUAUUACUAAUGUAGUUACUAUUGGUGAAAUACUCGGCCAAGAUCGUAAGCUAAAAAGCGGUAAGGCAGUGGAAACUUCUGGUGGACUAUUAAUAUGCUUAUCAGCUGACAAUGCGCAAGCAUUCUGCGAAGACUUCUACAUGCUAAGCAAUAAAGAACAGCAAGCUUGGAUUGUUGGCAGUGUGAAGUGCGCGGAAGAGCGCGACGCGUAUCUGCAAGACAAUGCAGAAAUCAUCAAUGUUGACCAAUAAUUUGGAAUCCAUAUUUUUUUACUGUAACAAUUUGAAAACAUAAUUUGCUAUAGAGUUUGUAGGAUUCAAUUGAUGACGAGUUUUUCGUAAAGAUGUUAUAUCAUGAAAAUCUCUGAGAUAGUGUUGAUCCUUGAUUCGUUAUACAAAUUAUGUGUUUUCAUAAAAAUGUUGUUUAAUUUGAAAAAGUUUAAAAGUUAAGUUAUUCAACUAAUGACGAGAUUUUCGUAAAGAUUUCUAUAUCCCGAAAUUUUCCGAUAAAUUUUUGAUAUUAGCUUUUAUUGCUGUUUUUUAAUAAACAAAUAUAUAAUUGAAUUUGUAUUUCAUCACAUUGCGGCGUUGUUAUUUUAAUAGGAUGUUAGGUUAGGUUAUGAUGAAGUCUGUGACAAUUAGCUAAAAGCAAAUAAAUCAGUAAAUUGUAUGGUGUCUUGUAAUACAGCACACUAUCUACACCAUAUUUUACAGGCGCUAAUAUUGAAAAAGAUUUAUAUUUCUUGUGAAUUAAUACAUUUCAAUAUUUAUUUAAAUUUUUUCAAAUUUCUUUGUUUUUUUUUUAAUGUCUGGCUCAAAUCUACAUUUACAUAUAUAUAUUUGUUUAAUAUAGUAAGUUCAUGAACUAUCAUUUUUACUCCUUUUUCAUUUGUUCAAUGUUUUUAUUUAAAUAUUUGCUUACAUAUAAAUAUUUGUUUAAAUAUGAAAUUUUUCAAUUUAAAAAUAUGCUUAUAAUGUUGUUGUGUUGCGCUCAAUAUACACGUACAUUCAUUAUAUGAAUUGUUUGCAACAAAAUUUGCAAAAAGACAAAUAUGAAAAUGUGUUUGCUUUUUCUAAAAACUUGUCUACACCUUAAUUAGUCCAUUUUGUAGGUAAUUUUGUAUGCAUAUACAUAUGUGUAUUCAUGUAUCUCUGUAUAACUUAUUUUUUUGCUGCAUUUCGUUUUGCAUAUACAAUACACUAAUUUUUGUUGUUUUUUGUAUCCAUGCUUGCCUGAAAAUUUUCAUUUUUACAUGCUUAUAUGAAAAUACACAAUAAGUUAAAUGUUUUUAGUUUUUCUUUUUUUUUUAAUAUAUUUUGUUUAUUUUAUUUUGUUUAUUACUGGUUUUUGUAAGUUUCGCAUUACAUCAAGUAAAUUUACAAAACAUAACUAAAACAAACUUACAGUAAAAUGUGGUGAAAAAAAUGAAAGGAGAGAAUUGCUUUUAAAUAUUAACUAGUUAAAAAAAAAUAUUUAGUCAGAAAACAGCGAACAUUGUAGUAUAUAAUAUAGCAGUAGUUAAAGAGAAUUUAUAUUUUUAAAAUAUAAAUAUAAACAUGUCAAGUUUUCACUACAUAUAAAUAUAUGUAUGUAUAUGUACAUGCAAGAAAAAUCGCAUGAAUAUCCAAUAUAUGUAUAAUUAAUUUAUAUUUUACAAUAUAAAAUUAAAGUAUACCAUACUAAAAAAUAUAUAGGAAAUCAUUUAAAGGAAACUCUAAAAUGUCCAUAGGAAAAAUUAAAUCAAAGUUGGAAGGAAUACAUUUUGAAAAAUAUUUUUUCUUCUGUUUCUGUUUCUGUUUUUCUUUUUCUAUUUGUUUUCCCACUUAUGCGGUUGUUGUUUGUGUAACGUUUUUAAAAACUGGAAAUUUUAUAUUAUGUAUUUGUAUUCAUUUUACGGCUAUUUUAUUUUAAGUAAUAAUUGUAUUUUGUAUUUUGUAUUUUUUGUUUUUGUUUUUUUUUUGUAUUUUUUUUUCUUGUUUUUUGUUUUGUUGAGUGCAUAUAUUUUGUCUGUAUGUAUAAAUAAAGUUACACAUCCGCGUCAACCGUAAACAUAUGUAUAUACAUACAUUCUUUCUAUAUGCCACUUAAAAUUACUUUAAUAAAAUA